AUGGAUGUGAAAGAACGUAGGCCUUAUUGCUCCCUGACAAAGAGCAGAAGAGACAAAGAACGACGUUACACAAAUUCUUCAGCAGAAAAUGAGGAGUGCAGAGUGCCUACACAGAAGUCAUACAGUUCAAGUGAAACCCUGAAAGCUUUUGAUCAUGAUUCCUCCAGGUUGUUGUAUGGAAACCGGGUAAAGGACUUAGUCCACAGGGAAGCAGAUGAGUAUACCAGGCAAGGACAGAAUUUUACCCUAAGGCAGUUAGGAGUUUGUGAACCAGCAACUCGUCGUGGACUGGCAUUUUGUGCGGAAAUGGGGCUCCCCCACAGAGGUUACUCUAUCAGUGCAGGGUCAGAUGCUGAUACUGAAAAUGAAGGAGUGAUGUCUCCAGAGCAUGCCAUGAGACUUUGGGGCAGGGGGGUCAAAUCAGGGCGCAGUUCCUGUCUAUCAAGCCGUUCCAACUCAGCCCUCACUCUGACUGAUACUGAACACGAAAACAAGUCCGACAGUGAGAAUGAGCAACCGCCAAAUAACCAAGGCCAGUCGACCCUGCAACCUUUGCCACCUUCUCACAAGCAGCAUUCAGCACAGCAUCAUCCAUCUAUCACCUCCCUUAACAGAAACUCAUUGACAAAUAGGAGGAAUCAGAGUCCGGCCCCGCCGGCUGCUUUGCCCGCCGAGCUGCAAACCACACCCGAGUCCGUCCAGCUGCAGGACAGCUGGGUCCUUGGCAGUAAUGUGCCACUGGAAAGCAGGCAUUUCUUAUUCAAAACAGGAACAGGGACAACACCACUGUUCAGUACUGCAACACCAGGUUACACAAUGGCAUCUGGCUCUGUUUAUUCCCCCCCUACUCGGCCACUACCUAGAAAUACACUAUCAAGAAGUGCUUUUAAAUUCAAGAAGUCUUCAAAGUACUGUAGCUGGAAAUGUACUGCACUCUGUGCUGUAGGAGUCUCAGUGCUACUGGCAAUACUGCUAUCCUACUUUAUAGCAAUGCAUCUCUUUGGCCUCAACUGGCAGUUACAACAGACUGAAAAUGACACAUUUGAGAAUGGAAAGGUGAAUUCUGAUACCAUGCCAACAAACACUGUAUCAUUACCUUCUGGCGAAAAUGUAAAAUUAGGGGGAUUUGCACAAGAAAACAACACUAUAGAUUCUGGAGAACUCGAUAUAGGCCGAAGAGCAAUACAAGAGGUUCCUCCGGGGAUCUUCUGGAGAUCACAGCUCUUCAUUGAUCAGCCACAGUUUCUAAAAUUCAAUAUCUCCCUUCAGAAAGAUGCAUUGAUUGGAGUAUAUGGCCGAAAAGGCUUACCCCCAUCACAUACCCAGUAUGACUUUGUGGAACUCCUUGAUGGUAGCAGGUUGAUCGCAAGAGAACAGCGCAACCUGCUUGAGUCAGAGAGAGCAGGCCGACAGACAAGGUCUAUCAGUCUCCAUGAGGCAGGUUUUAUCCAGUAUUUGGAUUCUGGAAUCUGGCAUCUGGCUUUUUAUAAUGAUGGGAAAAAUGCAGAGCAGGUGUCUUUUAAUACCAUUGUUAUAGAGUCUGUAGUGGAAUGCCCCCGAAAUUGCCAUGGAAACGGAGAGUGUGUUUCUGGAUCAUGCCAUUGUUUUCCUGGAUUUCUGGGCCCUGAUUGUUCAAGAGCAGCCUGCCCAGUAUUGUGUAGUGGCAACGGGCAGUAUUCCAAAGGGCGCUGUCUCUGUUUCAGCGGUUGGAAGGGUACAGAGUGUGAUGUGCCUACCACCCAGUGUAUUGAUCCUCAAUGUGGGGGCCGUGGGAUCUGUAUCAUGGGCUCUUGUGCCUGCAACUCUGGGUACAAAGGAGAAAACUGUGAAGAAGCUGAUUGCUUAGACCCAGCCUGUUCCAGUCAUGGUGUGUGUAUCCAUGGAGAGUGCCACUGUAAUCCAGGAUGGGGUGGUAGCAACUGUGAAAUACUGAAGACAAUGUGUCCAGACCAGUGCUCUGGUCAUGGGACGUACCUUCAAGAAAGUGGUACCUGCACUUGUGACCCUAAUUGGACAGGUGCAGAUUGCUCAAAUGAAAUCUGUUCUGUGGACUGUGGCUCUCAUGGUGUUUGCAUGGGUGGAACAUGUCGUUGCGAAGAAGGUUGGACUGGACCAGCCUGCAAUCAAAGAGCCUGCCACCCUCGCUGUGCUGAACAUGGAACCUGUAAAGAUGGGAAGUGUGAAUGUAGCCAGGGAUGGAAUGGAGAGCACUGUACUAUUGCUCACUAUUUGGAUAAGAUAGUUAAAGAGGGCUGCCCUGGUCUGUGCAAUAGUAAUGGAAGAUGUACAUUGGACCAAAAUGGUUGGCAUUGUGUUUGCCAGCCAGGUUGGAGAGGAGCAGGAUGUGAUGUAGCCAUGGAAACUCUGUGCACUGAUAGUAAGGACAAUGAAGGAGAUGGAUUAAUUGACUGCAUGGAUCCCGACUGCUGCUUGCAGAGUUCCUGCCAAAAUCAGCCCUAUUGUCGUGGACUGCCUGAUCCCCAAGAUAUCAUUAGCCAAAGCCAACAAUCACCAUCUCAGCAAGCUGCCAAAUCUUUUUAUGAUCGGAUCAGUUUUCUUACAGGGCCGGAUAGCACCCAUGUGAUACCUGGAGAAAGUCCGUUCAAUAAGAGCCUUGCAUCUGUCAUCAGGGGCCAAGUAUUAACUGCCGAUGGAACGCCACUCAUUGGAGUUAAUGUCUCCUUUUUACAUUAUCCAGAAUAUGGUUACACAAUCACUCGCCAAGAUGGAAUGUUUGAUUUGGUGGCAAAUGGUGGUGCAUCUCUAACUCUGGUGUUUGAACGAUCACCAUUCCUCACACAGUAUCACACAGUGUGGAUUCCAUGGAAUGUCUUUUAUGUCAUGGAUACCCUGGUCAUGAAGAAGGAAGAGAAUGACAUUCCCAGCUGUGAUCUGAGUGGAUUUGUGAGGCCAAACCCUGUCAUUGUGUCAUCACCUUUAUCCACUUUCUUUAGGAUUUCUCCUGAAGACAAUCCCAUUAUCCCUGAGACACAGGUACUUCAUGAAGAGACUACAAUCCCAGGAACUGAUUUGAAAUUAUCAUACUUAAGCUCCAGAGCUGCAGGAUAUAAAUCAGUUCUUAAGAUCACGAUGACCCAGUCUGUUAUACCAUUUAACUUAAUGAAGGUUCAUCUUAUGGUGGCAGUGGUGGGAAGACUUUUCCAGAAAUGGUUCCCUGCAUCCCCAAAUCUGGCUUACACUUUCAUAUGGGAUAAAACUGAUGCAUACAACCAGAAGGUCUAUGGCUUAUCUGAAGCUGUUGUGUCUGUAGGUUAUGAAUACGAGUCUUGUUUGGAUCUAACUCUCUGGGAAAAGCGGACUGCCAUUUUGCAGGGAUAUGAAUUGGAUGCCUCUAACAUGGGUGGUUGGACAUUGGAUAAACAUCAUGUGUUAGAUGUUCAGAAUGGUAUCCUCUACAAAGGAAAUGGUGAAAAUCAAUUUAUUUCUCAGCAACCUCCAGUUGUUAGUAGCAUCAUGGGCAAUGGACGAAGACGCAGCAUCUCAUGCCCAAGUUGCAAUGGCCAAGCUGAUGGUAAUAAACUACUAGCUCCAGUAGCCUUAGCUUGUGGGAUAGAUGGCAGCCUGUACGUAGGGGAUUUCAACUAUGUUCGGCGGAUAUUCCCAUCUGGAAACGUAACUAGUGUUCUUGAACUAAGAAAUAAAGAUUUUAGACAUAGCAGCAACCCAGCUCACAGAUACUACCUUGCAACUGACCCAGUCACAGGAGAUUUGUAUGUUUCUGACACUAACACUCGCAGGAUCUAUCGUCCAAAGUCACUCACUGGUGCAAAAGACCUGACAAAAAAUGCUGAUGUAGUAGCAGGAACUGGAGAACAGUGCCUUCCAUUUGAUGAGGCAAGAUGUGGUGAUGGAGGCAAGGCUGUGGAAGCAACGCUCAUGAGUCCCAAAGGACUGGCAAUUGACAAGAAUGGAUUAAUCUACUUUGUUGAUGGAACCAUGAUUAGAAAAGUGGAUCAAAAUGGAAUAAUAUCAACUUUGCUUGGCUCUAAUGAUCUAACCUCAGCACGACCUCUAACGUGCGACACUAGCAUGCACAUCAGCCAGGUACGUCUGGAAUGGCCCACAGAUUUGGCUAUCAAUCCAAUGGAUAACUCCAUUUAUGUUUUGGAUAACAAUGUGGUUUUGCAGAUCACUGAAAAUCGUCAGGUCCGUAUUGCUGCUGGGAGACCGAUGCACUGCCAAGUGCCUGGCGUGGAAUACUCUGUAGGAAAGCAUGCUGUACAGACCACUUUAGAAUCAGCAACAGCUAUUGCAGUGUCCUACAGUGGGGUACUUUACAUUACAGAAACUGAUGAAAAAAAGAUUAACAGAAUAAGGCAGGUUACAACUGAUGGAGAGAUCUCGUUAGUUGCUGGAAUACCAUCAGAGUGUGAUUGCAAAAAUGAUGUCAACUGUGACUGUUACCAAAGUGGUGAUGGCUAUGCUAAAGAUGCCAAACUUAAUGCUCCUUCCUCCUUGGCUGUGUCUCCAGAUGGUACAUUGUACAUUGCUGAUCUUGGAAAUAUUCGGAUACGAGCUGUGUCAAAGAACAAGCCCUUGCUGAAUUCAGUGAACUUUUAUGAAGUUGCCUCUCCAACUGAUCAAGAGCUCUAUAUCUUCGAUGUUAAUGGUACUCACCAAUACACUAUGAGUUUAGUCACUGGAGACUAUCUGUACAAUUUUAGCUACAGUAAUGAUAAUGAUAUUACAGCAGUAACGGAUAGCAAUGGAAAUACACUUCGUAUCAGACGGGAUCCCAAUCGGAUGCCAGUGAGAGUGGUGUCUCCUGAUAACCAAGUGAUUUGGCUGACUAUAGGCACCAAUGGAUGCCUGAAGAGCAUGACUGCCCAAGGUCAAGAGCUUGUUUUGUUUACUUAUCAUGGCAACAGUGGGCUUCUGGCAACUAAAAGUGAUGAGACUGGAUGGACUACAUUUUUUGACUAUGACAGUGAGGGUCGUCUCACAAAUGUUACAUUUCCAACUGGAGUGGUCACUAACCUUCACGGGGAAAUGGAAAGGGCCAUUACAGUGGACAUUGAAUCAUCUAGCAGAGAGGAAGAUGUCAGCAUUACUUCAAACUUAUCAUCAAUUGAUUCUUUCUAUACCAUGGUUCAAGAUCAGUUAAGGAACAGCUACCAGAUUGGCUAUGAUGGCUCCCUCAGAAUUAUCUAUGCCAGUGGCAUGGAUUCACACUACCAAACAGAACCGCAUGUUUUAGCUGGCACAGCCAAUCCAACAGUAGCAAAAAGAAACAUGACUCUUCCAGGAGAGAAUGGACAGAACUUAGUAGAAUGGAGAUUCCGAAAAGAACAAGCCCAGGGAAAAGUCAAUGUGUUUGGCCGAAAGCUAAGGGUUAAUGGCAGAAACCUCCUUUCAGUCGACUUUGAUCGAACCACAAAGACAGAAAAGAUCUAUGAUGACCACCGUAAAUUUCUGCUGAGGAUUGCCUACGACACAUCAGGGCAUCCAACUCUCUGGCUGCCAAGCAGCAAGCUGAUGGCUGUCAAUCUUACCUAUUCAUCUACAGGUCAAAUUGGCAGUAUUCAGCGAGGAACCACUAGUGAAAAAGUAGACUAUGAUGGGCAGGGAAGGAUUGUAUCUAGAGUAUUUGCUGAUGGAAAAACUUGGAGUUACACCUAUCUGGAAAAGUCAAUGGUCCUCCUGCUUCAUAGCCAACGGCAGUACAUCUUUGAAUAUGAUCUGUUGGAUCGGCUUUCUGCCAUCACCAUGCCCAGCGUUGCUCGUCAUACCAUGCAAACCAUUCGUUCCAUUGGCUAUUACCGGAACAUAUACAACCCCCCUGAAAGCAACGCCUCCGUUAUCAUGGACUACAAUGAAGAGGGACAGCUCCUUCAAACAGCUUUCUUGGGUACAAGCCGAAGAGUCUUGUUCAAAUACAGAAGGCAGACGAAGCUCUCAGAAAUUUUGUAUGAUAGUACAAGAGUCAGUUUUACUUAUGAUGAGACAGCAGGUGUUCUGAAAACGGUAAACCUCCAGAGUGAUGGUUUUAUCUGCACCAUUAGAUACAGGCAAAUCGGCCCAUUGAUUGACAGGCAGAUUUUCCGCUUUAGUGAAGACGGAAUGGUAAAUGCUCGAUUUGACUACAGCUAUGACAAUAGCUUCAGAGUAACUAGCAUGCAAGGUGUCAUCAAUGAAACCCCAUUGCCUAUUGAUCUCUACCAGUUUGACGAUAUCUCUGGUAAAGUUGAGCAGUUUGGAAAAUUUGGAGUUAUAUAUUAUGAUAUUAACCAGAUAAUUUCCACAGCUGUAAUGACUUACACAAAACACUUUGAUGCUCAUGGCCGCAUCAAAGAAAUUCAGUAUGAAAUCUUUAGGUCGCUAAUGUACUGGAUUACAAUUCAAUACGAUAACAUGGGGCGAGUGACUAAAAGAGAAAUUAAAAUUGGGCCAUUUGCCAACACCACCAAAUAUGCUUAUGAAUAUGAUGUUGAUGGUCAGCUCCAGACAGUUUAUCUAAAUGAAAAAAUCAUGUGGCGAUACAACUAUGAUUUAAAUGGCAACCUCCAUUUGCUCAACCCUAGUAACAGUGCCCGUUUGACCCCACUUCGCUAUGACCUGAGAGACAGAAUCACUCGACUAGGCGAUGUUCAGUACCGAUUAGAUGAAGAUGGAUUCCUGCGUCAGAGGGGUACUGAGAUCUUUGAAUACAGCUCAAAGGGCCUUCUCACUAGAGUUUACAGCAAAGGCAGUGGGUGGACAGUGAUAUACCGUUACGAUGGACUAGGACGACGGGUUUCCAGUAAAACUAGCCUCGGACAGCACCUCCAGUUUUUUUAUGCAGACCUUACUUAUCCAACCAGGAUAACUCAUGUAUAUAACCAUUCAAGCUCUGAGAUCACUUCUCUUUACUAUGACCUGCAAGGGCACCUUUUUGCCAUGGAGAUUAGCAGUGGGGAUGAGUUUUAUAUUGCCUCAGACAACACUGGGACACCACUGGCUGUUUUUAGUAGCAACGGUCUGAUGCUUAAACAAAUUCAGUACACUGCUUAUGGCGAGAUCUAUUUUGACUCCAACCUUGACUUUCAGUUGGUAAUAGGAUUCCACGGAGGCUUGUAUGACCCAUUGACCAAACUAGUCCAUUUUGGAGAAAGAGAUUAUGACAUAUUGGCAGGCCGCUGGACUACACCUGACAUUGAAAUCUGGAAAAGAAUUGGGAAAGAUCCAGCUCCUUUUAACCUCUACAUGUUUAGAAAUAACAAUCCAGCCAGUAAAAUACAUGAUGUGAAGGAUUAUAUCACAGAUGUUAACAGCUGGCUGGUGACAUUUGGCUUCCAUCUGCACAAUGCCAUACCUGGUUUCCCUGUUCCCAAAUUUGAUUUGACAGAGCCUUCGUAUGAACUUGUGAAGAGUCAGCAAUGGGACGAUAUACCACCAAUUUCUGGAGUGCAACAACAAGUGGCAAGGCAAGCAAAGGCUUUCCUGUCCCUGGGAAAGAUGGCAGAAGUUCAAAUUAGUAGACCCAAAUCCAGUGGAGAGAAGUCAUGGCUGUGGUUUGCGACAGUGAAGUCUCUGAUUGGGAAAGGGGUUAUGCUUGCUGUCAGUCAAGGGAAAGUGCUGACUAAUGUGCUCAACAUUGCAAAUGAGGACUGCAUAAAAGUGGCAGCUGUUCUGAACAAUGCCUACUACCUGGAGAACUUGCAUUUCACCAUUGAGGGGAAGGACACUCACUAUUUCAUCAAGACCACCUCCCCGGAGAGCGAUCUCGGCACCUUGAGGCUGACAAGUGGGCGCAAAGCCCUGGAAAAUGGCAUCAACGUAACCGUUUCCCAGUCCACCACGGUCGUGAAUGGCAGGACUCGUAGGUUUGCCGAUGUCGAAAUGCAGUAUGGUGCGUUAGCUCUUCACGUCCGCUAUGGCAUGACGCUCGAUGAGGAGAAGGCACGAAUAUUGGAGCAGGCUAGGCAAAGAGCUCUGUCCAAUGCCUGGGCUAGGGAACAACAAAGAGUAAGAGAUGGAGAGGAAGGUGCCAGGUUAUGGACCGAAGGGGAAAAGAGGCAGCUGCUAAGUGCUGGAAAGGUACAAGGAUAUGAUGGGUACUAUGUACUCUCUGUGGAGCAAUACCCUGAAUUAGCAGACAGCGCUAACAAUAUACAGUUCCUUAGACAAAGUGAGAUAGGAAAGAGGUAA